AUGUCCGCUUCUUUAGGAUUGUCAAUAUUUCUUGGAACAAUUAAUUUACUUGUUGUUUGUGGAAAUUUAGCUGUUUUAUAUAUUGUCGUCUCCCAAAAAUCUCUUCACACAAGUACAAAUACUAUUGUUUUUUCUCUUACAUUAUCUGAUUUUUUGCUUGGAUGUUUAAUUUUGCCAUUUUCUAUUACCCAGGAAUUUUCAAAUUCCUGGGCUUUUGGUACUCUUUGGUGCAGAUCAUGGCUUUCUUUGGAUAUUUUGUUAAGUACAGCUUCAAUUUACAAUCUUUUAGCUAUUAGUUUUGAUCGUUAUAUGGCUGUUAAACAACCAAUAAAAUAUGGGCGGUUAAUCUCAUCUAGCAGACUAACAAAAUUCAAUAUUAGCGCUGUUUGGUUAAUUAGUGCAAGUUUAGCUGUCCCUCCAUUUUUGUCAGACCUUUUUAUGGUAACUGCAAGUAAUGAACAAAUGAGUGAUGCUUUACCUGAAGCUAACUAUUCUGAAGCAUUUUUACAGUUUGAAGGGACUUGCACACCCGUAACUAAUUCUGAUUUUUAUAUUUUAUUCUCUGCAACUAUUUCGUUUAUUUUGCCAAUGAUUUUGAUGAUUGGCCUGAAUGCAAGCAUUUUCUGCACAGUUCUCGAUUCUAGACGAAAACUCUCUCAAGCCACAUCCUCAACCUUUCCUGGAAGGAGUACUUCAAUUUUAUUAUCCUCUGCAUCCUACAAACAACACCAACCUUCCCAACAUUCAUUAGUCUCUUAUGAUGAAAUUAUUAGAGUUCAUAGAGGGGGAAGUAACACUAAUAUUGGGGGAAUCUGUAAAACAUCAACAACAAAUCCCUCACAAUAUAGAUCAACGUCAACAUCUGCUCCAUCCUGUUAUUUAUCAGAAAUGCAACAACCACAAUCUCCCGUUAUUAGAAAAAAAGUUCGUCGGUCAUUCAAUUUGCUCAGAAAGAAAGCUUUACCACCUAAACAUUACGAAUUUUAUCAGCCCUUAUCUCUACCUAUACAACGGGCAAUAAGUCAAUAUGAUAGGCAAACAAUAACUUCAAAUAGCAGAAAACCAACAAUAGAAAGUUAUGCUACUUUAACAGCUAAUUCAACAAGUAUUGGAUUUUAUCAAAGACAAUUAUCAGCAAAUGGAGGCCAACAAAAGGAUGAAAUGUCAUUAACUGACACUUUGGGAAGUAAAAGUUUGGAUGCUGAAUGGACAGCUUCUAAUGGAGGAGGAAAUAAUUGUGGAGGAACAGUUUCACCUCCUCCUUAUUUUAGAGAUCAGUGUUUAAGUUGGACAUUUAAUACAAACAAAAUUAGUGCAAGACAAAUUUGGUUGAACAGAAUAAGAAGAAUAAGUAUGUAAUUUUUUAUUAACGAAAUUUAGAGUUUUAAUUAAUGCUCGAUUUGUUUUUAUCGAUACUAACUAAACAAAAAUAAUAGGAUCCUCAGGGUCAUGGUUAGACGUGAUCGGUGUCCAUAUCUAAAAAAAAUACUAUCUGACCUUUCUGGCCGAGCUCUAAAUUCAAUUACGAACACAUUUAAUUACUUGUCUUUAAUAAUUUUAUAUUCUAAAUAC